GGGACUUUUCGGAAGCGGAGGCGCGGGUGGUGGCGCGGCUCGCGGACUGCUCCGUAGACGGCCGCAGUGGCGCAGAGGCUCGAAGGGCGACCUGUGGCGGCGGAGAGUGAUUUGCGGGCUUGUAUCUCAGGGGCGGAGGCUGCGGGCUAGACUGGCGUCUUCCCGAGGUCAGGAAGUCGCAGACCUUUCCACCACACCCUCACCAGCUUCCUUGGCGUCGGACGUCUCCGCCCAGCCCAGACCGGUCGCCGCCCCCAGACUUUGGGGACCUGGGGCACUGCGGCCUCCUCCUGGGUGCUUCAUCCAGAAUGACCUCAGUAUUUAGAUCAGAGACCAUGGAAGUGCUAGAAGAAGAACCGGUGACAUCUAAGACUCAUGAUCAUCAACUGGAAUCGGAUACCAUCCCUGUGGAAGUGUGUAAUAAAUCACCUGCCUCCCUGGAGAUAACUCAAGGCGUUUCAAAGGAAAGAAUUUACCUUGGCUCUAGCCCUAAAGUGGGAGGAAGUUGUGAUCUCAGCCACCAGGAGGGACUUCAGUCCAGGUCCCUUCAUUUGUCCCCCCAAGAACAAUCUCCCGAUCAUCAAGAUAAGAGUCAAUCUUGGAGGCGAGCAAGUAUGAAGGAAAUGAACCGGCGGAAGUCACUGCCUCCCUUUCAUCAGGGCAUCACAGAGCUCAGCAGAUCUAUCAGUGCCAACUUAGCAGAAAGCAAACGGCUUGGCGCUCUCCUGCUUUCCAGUUUCCAGUUCUCAGUUCAGAAACUUGAACCUUUCCUAAAGGACACUGAGGGCUUCAGUCUUGAAAGUUUUAGAGCCAAAGCAUCUUCCCUUUCUGAGGAAUUGAAACAUUUUGCAGAGAGCCUGGAAAGUAAUGGAACUUUACAGAAAUGUUUUGAAGAUUCAAAAGGAAAAGCAUCAGAUUUGUCUCUGGAAACAUCAGUGGCUGAGAUGAAGGAAUACAUAACAAAAUUUUCUUUAGAACGUCAGUCUUGGGAUCAGCUCUUGCAACAAUACCAGAAGGAGGCCGAAGACAUCAUUUCCAGAGAAUCAGUUGAAACCAAAGUUACCGAAGUUGAAGUGGAACCUGCAACAUAUCUUGGGUCUUCCCAGAGUGAAGUCCUUCACACAAAGCCUGACUACCAGAAGAUAUUGCAGAACCAGAACAAAAUCUUUGAUUUUAUGGAGUUGAUGAUGGAUGAACUACAGGGAUCAGUGAAGCAGCUGCAGACUUUUAUGGAUGAAAGUACCCAGUGUCUCCAGAAGGUGUCAGUACAGCUUGGGAAGAGAAGCACACAGCAGUUAGAUCCGUCACCAGCUCGUAAACUGCUCAAGCUUCAACUGCGGAACCCACCAUUGCUCUAGAUCUUGUCAGUGACUUCAUGCAGCUUUCCUGCCAUAAGGUGCUCCAGAGGAGAGAAAUGGAAGAAUGCCCCAGCACAUGGUGAUUGCAUGGUGGUCUGAGCUGGUGAUAGCUGCCCUGUUGCCUUUGAGGAUAACUGGCUGAAUGUAGAGUACUUCAGUUUUUUUCUAAAAGUGACAGAACUUAUGCAUCUGAAAGAGUAGCAUAGAUACUUUUUCCAAGAAUGUGCAAAAUGCUUGCAACUUCUAUUGUGAAGUGACCUUGAGAACUAGUAGUCCAUUCUUUUAAAUAUCCUUCAUGGGCAGAAAUCUUCAUUUUGUGAAGGUGUGUUUUAGGUUUUGAAACAAUCCAGAGUCAUUCAGGACCAAAUCCAGGGACACAUUUUAGGGGUCAAGUUGGAUUCUGGUAGGAAAGGAAUGGGACUGAUUUUCUGGUAUGGCCCUGAAGGUGAUUUCAGGUAGUGAAGUUUUGAACAUUGUUUGCAUCACAUGGCUACGUGUAUCACUUCACACGAUGUCCAAAUUGAGAAACACCACUUAUUCUCUGUCCUGUUAUCUACAGUGUGCUUUGGCUUUUAAUAUUGAAUUGAUAUCCUAAAUCCUGGAUUCAUAGCACAAAGAGGCUAAGUACUAUUUUUCAUUGUUCUCUAUUUUUAAUAAUUUGCAUUAUAAAAUUGCACAUUAUUAAAAGCUUUCUUUUGUCUUUGUG